AUGACAAUCCGCCCUAUGAAGUUCACUCCCGAGGUCCUCCUCGGCGCCCCCAGGCGGUCCUCGGCCGUCCCCAACGCCGCAGGCACCCUCGCCGUCUAUACCCAAACGUCCUACUCAUUCGAGUCGCAUUCCAAGACCAACGAGAUCCGUGUCAUUGAGAUCGACACUGGCCGAUCGGCACUUAUCACCAAUGACCCCGGUGCCAGCAACCCACAGUGGCUGGGCGACAGCGACGAGCUCCUUUGGCUGAAAACCAAGGCCAAUGGCAACACGAGUUUCAUUGUCGGCAAUGCGCGCGAGGCCGAUAGAACGUACACCGCUGGUACCGUCCCCGGCCCAGUGUCGGACUUGAAGGUCACUGUUAUCGAGCCUGGCAAGAUUGGCUUCGCUGUGUCAGGCAAGGCCAACCUGGACGGUUCGCUGUUCAACCCGCACGACGCGAAGAAGUCGCACACCACGGGGCGCCUGUACACUUCCUUGUUUGUGCGCCAUUGGGAUUCGUACAUUGACCCGCAGAAGUAUGCCAUCUGGUAUGGUCUGCUUGAGAGGGCCCCCUUGGCGCCGGCGCGCAGACUGGCCGGUAAGUACUCGGUCUCGGGUCUCACGAACUUGAUUUCAGUGUCCGGACUGGGUCAGGUCGAAUCGCCGAUUCCUCCAUUCGGCGGCACUGGCGAUUUCGAUAUCAGUCCCUCGGCUAUUGUAUUCAUUGCGAAAGACCCGAGCCUGAACCCGGCUACGCAUACCGCCUGCUCCGCCUACUAUGCCCCAAUGUUCUCAUGGACCAGUAUGAGUGUCUCAGAUAUCAAGCCUUGCAAGGUGACGAGCCUCCAAGGUGCAAUGGCUUCCCCUGUUUUGUCUCCAGACGGUGGCUCUAUUGCCCUUCUGGCUAUGCAGAAAGACGGGUACGAGUCGGAUAAGAAUCGAAUUCUCUACGUCCCUAACCCAUGGAGUGGCGAGAUGUAUGAAGUCUUCGAGACCGAGGAUGGAAAGGGUGAUUGGGAGCUUAGCCCGUCGGCCGUGUCCUUUGCUCAGGAUGGCAAGUCGCUUCUCGUCCAGGUUGAGGAAUCUGGCCGUGGAGUCUUGUACCAGCUGCCCUUGGAUGGUAUUCGAAGUGCCAAGCCUGAUUCACUGAAGAAACUUACGUACGAAGGCUUUGUCAACGACGUAGUCCCUGCUGGGGCCAAGACAUCCAAGCUCUUUGUCUCUAGCUCUAGCCUAGUGGACAACAGUGUGUGGUCCAUCAUUGACCCGGCUCAUCCAGAGUCAGUUCAGCUUGUGUCAUCGAACUGCCGAGGAGGAUCUGCCUUUGGACUGUCACCAUCGCAAGUGGAUGAGAUCUGGUUCAAGGGAGCUGAGGGCUAUAAGGUGCAUGCCUGGGUAGUGAAGCCAUCCUAUUUUAAGCCUGGGGAUCGAUACCCGCUGGCCUACCUGAUCCACGGUGGUCCUCAGGGUGCAUGGAACGAUCAAUGGAGUACGCGGUGGAACCCUGCUGUGUUCGCUGAACAAGGAUAUGUCGUUGUUACACCUAACCCGACUGGCAGCACGGGCUACGGGCAGGACUUUACCGACGGAAUCUGCGGUGAGUGGGGUGGUCGGCCAUACGAGGAUCUUGUGAAGGGCUUUGAGUAUAUCGAGCAAAAUCUUCACUACAUCGAUACUACCCGGGCUGUGGCAUUGGGUGCAUCCUACGGUGGCUACAUGAUGAACUGGAUCCAGGGCCACCCUCUCGGCCGUAAGUUCAAGGCGCUGGUCACCCAUGACGGUGUGUUCAGCAUGACCUCCCAGCUGGCCAGUGAAGAGCAGUACUUCCCACUCCACGACCUGAAGGGUCCCAUUUGGAAGGUCCCUGAGAACUGGGCGAAAUGGGAUCCAUCGCGGUUUACUGAAAACUGGGACACACCGCAUCUCAUCAUCCACAACGAGCUCGAUUACCGCCUGACUAUUGCUGAAGGUCUUGCCGCGUUCAACGUGCUGCAGAUGCGAGGCGUCGAGAGUGCUUUCCUGACCUUCCCUGACGAGAACCACUGGGUGUUGAACCCGGAGAACUCUUUGAUGUGGCAUCGCACCGUACUCAAUUGGAUUAACAAGUUCGUUGGACUUCCGCCAGUCGCGGAUGAACCUGAUCUUUCUGCAGGUGUGGCCAAUAUGUCUCUUUGA